UAUUGAAUUGAAAUGUUCACCAAUAAUAAUGGCUAGACAUUGAAGAGUUUGGCGCGUCUCCUUUAGUCCUUAGUUUAUUAUCAGAGAAUAUUAAGUAUAAGUGAAAAUUUUAUGAAGUCAAUUACCUGUUGAUUUCAAUACAGUUUCGAGUGCUAGUCUAAAAUUUUGUGUUUAAAUUACUGAGCCUCCGUGUGUGAAUUUCAUGUGUGUGUUUGUGUCAUUUUGCAAAAUGGAAUCCCUAGCUUAGCAGCCAUCAAGGAUGUUUUCUUUUAACAAUAUUAAAUGUUCUGUAUUAGUGCAAAUGUCAGACCAAGAAAUUGAAUCUAUUGCAAUUAGAAUGUAGUCCCUAAAAUGGAAGAAAUUGAUAUGCAGUGAAAUUAUGCUUCACAGAUUUAUUUAUGGUAAGGGAUCAUGAGAGAGAACCCCAGAACAAUGGUUAACAGGAACUUAAGAUGAACGGGGAAAUUCCAAGUGUUCCUAUAACAACUUUGGCAGGCAUCGCAAGUCUCACAGACUUGCUGCCAGAAAUGCCGCUCCCCUCCCCACUCCCACAGACCCUCAGCAACAAGUCCCUGCUGUUCCAUCCUAGAGUCGCCGAGGAGGCACACAUCCUCUUGAGUCUGCGAGAUGAAGCCCUGGUCCCCCAACUCGUACAAUCUCUGGCCCAGACGUCUGCUGACCACAUAGAACUGAAGGACCACUAUGCGGGUGCAGAACCACCGGUGGAAGAACAAAAUACUCCUGAACUAUUAAAAGCCAUUUUACACCGAAAUCCUCAAGUGUUCAAAGGUCCUUUGGUAAAUUCGGCAAGAGGUCAGUUCCAGACGCAGGUGGAUGUGAACCAUACAGCUGUGACUGCAACGCCGCCGACCCCAGCCAACCCAGUGGUUUCAUCGCCUGCACCGUCACCUGCUUCUAGGCAAACCUCCCAUCCCUCCCCCACACCUAACUUCUGUGAUAAUUCUCGGAAACCCGUUACCCCUCUGUCGCCGCGCGUAUCGAAUAGUGUCAGUGCGAAACCUCCAGUGCAGGAGUUGAAGUCUGAACCUUCGACUCCGAGUGUACAAAAGACCGUAGUGGUGUCACCCAGUGGUGCGAACAGUGUAGAUGUAGCUGGCUCUGUGACGGCGACACCGGCGGCGACCAAUGGUAUCGUCACCCCAGUCAGAGGCAACGACGUUUCACCUCCCCCUCCACCUUCAAGUGUACCUAGAACAAACUCUCCCAAUUUGCCAGACGCGUCUCCAGUGCAAGCUAGCAUGGCGCCAAUCUCUGAGACCAAGGACCAUAGCAUGUUAGCAGAGCCCAGGGUCAUGCUCAACAGGAUAAGGCCUGAGGAUCAAGCAUUGUUGCAAAGGAGCCUAAAGGAGUUUACGGAGAAGUCCCCGAGCUUAGCGAAAGAAAUGGGCUUGACGCGCAAUCAUAAAAGGCCUCGGAUUGAAUCUGAAUCUGAAAGCGAAGACGAACCACGCAAAACUAAAUAUUUCAAAGCAAGAGACAAGGAAAGAGAAAUUCAGAGGCGAAAAGAAAAAGACCAACGUAAGAAAACAGACAAUGACGAGGAUUAUGUGGAUGGUGCAAAGCAUUGGUCUGCUAAUGCCAAGAGAAGAAGAACAUUGAGGUAUACAGAACCUGAGCCUGUAGAAGAUGAGAACUCUGAUGAUUCCUCACAUGUGCCAAAGACUAAACUGCGCAAAGUUGAGCGCAAACUGGUUCCUGUGUUAGAAAAGCUAAGUGUAGAAGAGCUUAUGGAGACGAAUACAUAUCAGAAGUUCAAUCGCUCCAUCGAGAAGAUAUUCAACAACACCGAUGACGUAGAUCUCACUAUGGAUCCAGGUGAUGAAGACGUUGUGCCAGCCGAAGCCAUGAUACCCAAAUACCAACUACAAGAUCUGUGUGGCGAAGCUGCCAAACUGAAGACCCUAGGAGCCAUGGAAUCCAUCCCUUCCGAGCGCAUCACCAGGCUCCUCAGUAUUUUAGAGAAGAACAUCCGAGAUGGCACAAAGGUUUCCCCCAUAGCUGAUCCGAAUGAUGAUGAAGACGAGCGGAAGCUGUGGAUGGAGUUGGCCAUGGAGAGAGUCAUGAGGGCAGUGGAUGCCUCACUCACCACUCUGUAUAUCCUCACCUCACCCAACAUGCACAAGAGGGUUUACCUGGAGGACGUCAUCGACAGGGUUGUCAUAUUCACGAAAUACCAACUUCUCAACACCAUAUUCCCUUCGUUUGACCCAGUUUAUAGGGAUAUUAAAGACAAAGAUGGAUUCGUAGCCAACGUGCGCAAGAAGAGGGCCCACACCAAGGAAGUCCGAGAGAAGAGCGUUUUGUCGCUAUACAACAAGUUGGCCGAGGUGGUAGCCCUGCUAGCCGAACUGCUCAGCAUACAGACCCUCACUGACACUGCAGUGCUUCACAUCUCUUCCAUGGGCAUCUCUCCCUUCUUCGUAGAAGGUGUCAGUGAACUCCAGCUCUCUGCCCUGAAACUUGUUACUAAUAUAUUCACGAAGUAUGAGAAACACCGCAAGCUGCUGUUGGACGACAUCCUGGCAUCAAUGGCACGGUUACCCAGCUCCAAGCGCAGUCUACGCUCCUACCGCCUGAACUCAGAGGAGCAGAUCCAGAUGUUGACAGCUCUGGUCCUGCAGCUGAUCCAGUGCAUGGUGGUCCUCCCACUCAACCUGGGCACUGACAAACAGCUGGAUCCUGACUCGGUGAUCUCCAACAAGUUCACGAUGGCCCGUACGACAGCUUCCAACUUCCUGUACGUGUUUCUGGCCAAGUGCAGUAGCAAGAAUGAGGAGAUCGACUACCGGCCACUGUUCGAGAACUUCGUACAGGACUUGCUCACCACGGUGAACAAGCCAGAGUGGCCUGCAGCCGAGCUGAUGCUCAGUGUCCUCGGAAACCUUUUGGUGGCUAGUUUUGUCAACAAGAGUCUGGAGAUGUCUCUGAGGGUCGUGUCACUGGAUUAUCUGGGAGUUGUGGCGGCCAGGCUACGUAAGGAUGCCGUUCAAUCCAACCUGAAGUUGAGCACUAUCGACCAGAUCAUACACGAGAUCAAGUCUGAGGAGCUUAAAGACGACGACGGAAACUUGAAGGGUGAAGUGCAACCUGUAACGGACGACGAAGAAAGGACGCAGUUCUUGCAGAAGGUCCUGCUGGACUAUCUGGCCAUGAGAGGACAAGUGGACCCAGCUCUGACGUAUGCGAGACAUUUCUACUUGGCACAAUGGUACCAAGACAACAUCAAGAAUGUCACAAGCCCCAAAAUGAAAUCGUCCAAAACGGAAGAUUCCAAGCGAGGUCACUCACGAAACAGGAAACAACCUGAAACGUAUGAAGAGGAGUCAAGUGAACACGAAGACGAAGAUGAGGAGAAAAAGAAAACCAAUGGGGAAACUAUGGAUCCUCUUGAAGCCUAUAGGUUAACAGAGGCUAGGAAGAAAUUUCUUCUGAGUAAAAUUCGACCAUUUGAGGAUUCAGUUAGUAAAGAAGGUAUCAAAGACCAAAUAUUACAGACAUAUAUUGACUACGACAGUGCUGAGCUUGUAUCUCGGUAUCUUGCAUCCAAGAGACCAUUUUCUCAGAGUUUCUCCACCUAUCUGAAACAUAUACUAACGGUGCUGACGGAGUCGUCUGUGCUAAUCCGCACCAAGGCAAUGAAGUGCCUCACCAUGAUCGUGGAAGUUGACCCCGCAGUUCUGGGACUCAAGGCGAUGAGGAACGGUGUCAACUACUCGUUCUUGGACCACUCAACAUCGGUGCGAGAGGCAGCUGUGGACCUUGUGGGGAAGUUUGUGCUCAGUAGACCCGAGCUCAUCGACAAGUAUUAUGACAUGCUCUCUGCUAGAAUACUGGAUACGGGUGUCAGUGUGAGGAAGAGGGUGAUCAAAAUAUUGAAGGACAUCUGCAUAGAGUACCCCGAAUUCCCCAAGAUUCCUGAAAUCUGUGUGAAAAUGAUUAGAAGAGUCAAUGACGAAGAUGGUAUCCGCAAGCUGGUUAUGGAAGUAUUCCAGAACAUGUGGUUUACACCAGUGAGGGAGAAGCCUCAGAUAGACAAGGAUGUGAUGAUCCGCAAGGUGAUGAAUAUCACGGAUGUCGUUGCCGCAUCUGAAGACAUGGGCCUGGAGUGGUUUGAGCAACUGCUUGUCAGUUUGUUCAAACCCAAGGAGGACAAGGAAGAUUCUACCAAAGUGAGCCACGAACAUAGUAAAGCUCUGCUCUUGGCUUGCAAGCAGAUCGUCAACUGCCUGAUUGAUCACGUACUGAACUUGGACGGACGAGGCGGAGGUUCUUCCCAGCGACUUAUCGCAUGUCUGCGUACAUUGUUUCUCUUCGCCAAGAUCAAACCCCAGUUGCUGGUGGAACACGCCAUAACUCUCCAGCCCUACCUCAGCCUCAAGUGCCAGACACAAGGAGACUACCAGAUCAUCAGCUCGGUAGCUAGGACCCUGGAAAUCAUUGUGCCUUUGAUCGAACAUCCGAGCGACUCAUUCUUGGCUCGGCUGGAGGAAGACUCGGUGAAGCUCAUCAUGAGACAGGAUCCGUCAGUAAUCCUCAGCUGUGUCUCAUGUUUGGGGUCUGUUGUCAACAAUGUCACCCGCAACUACAAGCUUAUCCGGGACUGUCUGAAGAAAUACAACGGCUGCUUACUGUAUUACAAGAAGCUAGCGACGGAAGGCAGGGAGGACGAGGUGGAGAAGAACCGUCCAAUCAUCAAGAGAUCUUUGUAUAUCGUGGGCUUGUUGCUCAGAUUCUUUGAUUUCACAGAUAAAGAGGUCCUCGACUCCUUUCCAGACUGUACGAGAGACUUGGUGUUUGACACGCUGCUGUUCUACCUGGAGCAGAAGGAACUCAAGAGCUUCACUCUCAAGGCGAUCGGUUCUGUCUGUAUCAGACAUUACGAGCUCAUGUUGGGUCCUGAGCUCAAGUCUCUUUACCACGAGAUACUCUGUGAACCGGAUGCUUCUCGUGAACUGAAGAUACAGGUUCUGAGCAACAUCGAACAAUAUCUGCAGGAAGAAGAGAGGCGCAUGAUCAAACAAGACCAAGAGUGGGCCAAGCUGUCCAAACAAGAAAACCUGAAGGAGAUGGGAGAUGUGUCGUCUGGCAUGGCAAGCACUGUGAUACAGCUGUACCUGAAGGAAAUCCUGGAGGCCUUCCUGCACCCUGAUGUUGGUGUCAGGCAGGCAGCUCUGCGAGUCAUCCAGCUGAUCCUCUCCCAGGGUCUGGUUCAUCCUGUCCAGAUUGUCCCCUACCUGAUCUGCAUGAGCACAGACGAGGAGCGUAUGGUCAGCGGCAGCGCAGAUAAGCAGCUGCAAGAAAUAGAAAAGAAGUAUCCUGGAUUCAUCCACAUGAAGGCACAGACCGGUAUCCGACUGUCAUACAAGCUGCAGCAGAUCUUGCAAGUUAGCUCGGAUGCAGUCAGGGGUUUCCGUACUAAAGAAGGAGAGCUGCCUGGCGCCCUUAACGGUUUUCUCUAUUCCAUCCUGCGCACCAAACAGCAACGUCGUGCACUUGUGCUUUCAAUCCUCAAGCAGUUUGAUGAACAAGUGAAAACAAGUUUGUCACAAAUGUUGUUCCUGGCCGACAACAUGGCAUACUUUCCAUACCAAGUGCAAGAUGAACCGCUGUUUAUAAUUCACCACAUUGACAUCAUGAUUUCCGUCACGGGCACAAAUCUUCUGCAAUCCUUUCGUGAGGCACUACUACCCAAUCCGAAUGCACCAGCCCCCCAGAUAGAUCCUACCACCGGACAACCCAUCCCCAUUAUAGAUGAAGAGGAAGAUGAGGACGAGGACGCCUUGCUGGGUCGGGUGCCUGAGGACGCAAGCACUCUUCAGGAGUGUCUGACCGCGUCCCAGGGCUGCUUACUGCUUCUCGUUCUCAAGCAGCACCUUAAGACUCUCUACGGCUUCAAUGACAGCAAAAUCACUCAGUACUCCCCGUCGGAAACAGCUAAAGUCUACGAGAAAGCUGUGAACAGGAAAAGUAAUUCAAAAUUUAACCCAAAGGCGACCUUGCAGAAAAUCAAACAGGGCACCCCAUCGGCAACGUUAGACGAAAAUGCCAAAAGAGCCUUGCUAUCAGAAUAUUUAGAGUUUAAGCACCUAAUAAUGAAUCUGGAUCCUGAUGAGUCGGAUGAGGACGAUGCCAGCUCACCGUCCAAGUCCCAGUCACAGUCGACCAGGUCGGCUCAGGACGUAUCCCAGAGCUCCUCAUCAGCACCUGUGGACGACAGGGUGGGUGAAACUGCACAACUACCUCCACCUGCUGAACCAGCCCCACCGCCUCGGGUACCAAAAUUGACUAUCGUGCCGCCGAAGCCUCCGGAUGGAAAACAUGUUCACCACCAUCGCUCCCAUAAGGCCCGCAAGACUGAACGCCAUAAAAAGCACCACCACAAGAGGAAGAAGGCGAAACUAAGAAGUUCGGACGAUGAAAGUGAUAACGACUAUAGUGACCCUGAUUUCUUAGUUUAACAACACAUUCCAGUGUGGCGUGUAAAGUAAUAGUGGUGCAAUGGUUAACGAUACUUCAGCACAAACGUUACGAUCGUAUCGUACCGUCGUGAGUGGACUACCUUAGCUAGCCCUCACCCAGUUAGUUGUACGGGAAGGGUAUUUUGUGUUAUACUUGUUAAUUAUUUUGUAAACUCGUCUCUGAGGGGUUCAGACCUCAUUCUAUAGAGCUAAUUUAGUAUUUUCAUACAUCGGGUCUCCAAAGAAAUUUUAAUUACCUAAACUAACUUUAAAAGGUUACACGAUAAAUAAAUUAAUAUUUGUAUAUUUUGGGUUAAUACAUUUGGAGAAAUAUGUGUCUGUAUUUUACUGAGAUGUUAAUAUUUUUUCUUACUGUACAUUAUUUAUUUAUACUGUUGUUUUGGUAAAUCGGUUGAAAUCUCAAUACAUAAUCGAGUCAUAUGUAUUGUGGCUUUCAGUUUGUCUUUCCUUUCAUUUUCUACGUGAACAAAUCGAAUAGUUUGAUGAAUUUCUGUAAUUUAUCUUAUUAACGUAAUAAAAAACAUUUUAUGUUUCCCCUUAUCUAGUGUAUGUUAAGUUUUAAUGAGAUGUAAUACUCGUUGAAAUUGUUAGAAAAAUGUUUGCAUUAGCACUUUUCAUUGCCAAUUUUUAUGUUAGUACUGUUUGUUUUUUAAAAUAAUGUAUUUGCAGCAACACUUUUUCCAUGUGGCUUUCAAUUAAAAACAUAAUACACUUGAUAUGGAACAAUUGAUUCUUAAACAUUGUAAGUCAAAAUAACCUUUCUGGCCCAGAGCUCUAUUUAAUCAGGAAAAUGUAAUUUUGAGUUAAUUUAGUGACUGAGGGAACAUUUUAUUUUCUAUUUAAUGUAGUUUCAAUUUUGAAAUAAUGUAUUCUGAUAGUUUUUCAGCUAUAAAUAACAAUUUUACAUGCAUAAUGAUUUGGUUGGGUAGUUACCCUAAGUAUUAAGUUUACACAAACUUUUAAUGUAUUUACACCCAUUUAUUUACCCAGUAAUUCCGUUUCAUCAAUCCUGAAUGUGUUUAUACUAGACUAAGCUUAGCUACUUUAAAUUAUAAGACUUUCACAAGUAAAUGUUUAGUAUAUGAAAACUGUGUUCUAUCUCAGGUGCGAGAUGAAGUCGGCAUUCACAUAUUAAUAAUUUUUCUACAGGCCGAGAACUUGAAACAUGUUUAAAUAAAACUCAACACAACUUCUCAAAUAAAGUAUUUAUUUGGUAUUUUUGUACUGUAGUUUUGUUACAAUUUAAGUUCUGGUAACCACCUGUCUCCCAAGUGUGUACUGUAAUUUUUAAAACACAUAGAUUUUAGUUCAAAGUGCAUUAUGGCUAAACAAUUUUGGUCAGUAAGGUACAGUAUUGUCUUCAAUAACCAAAGAACAUGUAAUUUUUGGCUCGUAACAAAUUGAGGUGAUAUUCGUAUUCAUUUGAAUAGGUUUUAAAGAAUUUCUAUCACAAUAAUUGCUGUUUUCUUUUAUUUGAUCUUGUCCCAAGAAUUGUAGAAUAGAGACAAUGCACAAUUUAUGUUGUUUAUAGGGGCCUUCAACUUUAUAUAAACAAAAAUAGAGUGAUUGUUUUGUAAUCUAAAUACAUCCAUAAUUUAGAUUUUUUUUAAAGCAUGUAUAUUGUGUACAGUUUCAUUAGAAGAGUCAUAAUAAUUUUGUUUUCCUUCUUCUGUUGCUUGUGUAAUAUUAUGCAUAAUAAUGGUUUUUAUCUCUCAACUGGUACCACAAUUAUGUUUCACGGUUGGCAUUUUCUUGUCAAGUUUUUGAAUGGAGAGCAAUAAUUAAAAUAUGCAUGUAACUCAGUGACUGCCUUCCUGAACUAGCACAGUGUCGGUUUUGUAACAUGUGCCAUAAACCGUUUCGUCUGAACUGUAACACAAGUUUCGCCAAGUUAAAAACUAUAACAUUGAUGUGUUUCAACAGGUUACUCAAAAAAUAAUUGUUGAAUUUUAAUAUACUUUUUAGAAAGAAUUUUAAAAAUAUUAACUAUACCAAAACAUUUGAGAAUUUUUUUCUAAUUGUGAUAAAUUUUUUUACUGUAUAUUACAGGGACGUAUAAUCAAUUUACGAUCUAAAGAUCUUACAAAUUUUUGAGGCUCUCUGACAAAUUGUUUUAAGGUAUGUGGAUGUACUAUUUCCACAAACAGUUUAGUAUUUUUUUUAAUUAUUUUAGUCCAUUAGUUUUUACCACUUUUUUAUAUUUUAAAGUAUUGCUGAUAAAAAUUUUGAAUUUUAUUACUACAACUAAAACAAAUGCAGUUUUCAAAAUUCAAAUUGUUGUAAUUAGUACAUUUUAUGUAAUACUUUUGUGUUUUUGUUACCUUCUCCAUCCAAACAUUGUAUACAAGUAAAGAUCAAGGUCAAGGCCUGUAUUAGAAAACAAUAAAAUUUUAAAAUAACCAAGUCCUCAGUAAUGUUGUUAGUUUCAGGUCAAUAAUAUUUUUAAAUGCUUGGUUGGUACCAAACAAAAUUUGAUUCCGAUACCAAUAUUGUGGUCUUAAUUUUGAAUUCGAUACCGGUUCCUAUGUUUUUGUAAUUGGGAACUAAGUUCAUAUUUUGAGUUGAUAUUAUCUAGCCACCAGGAUUGUUUCUGUCGAAAAAUGUAGCUACAAACAAUAACACACUAGAAACUUUUAUAAACCGAACCAUCAUUAUAAUUGGAGCAUGAAACUAAAAUAGUAAAUACAAAAUGGAACACUCGCUUAUGAUCCGCGAUUUUAUGGUUAAACAGAUGACGAUUUACGAUAAAAUGUGUUUGUUAGUAAAUGUAGUUUAUUAUCAGAAUUAUAAUGUUAUAUUAUAAAUAACUAUAGUUACUUAUUGUGAGUAUUACAACUGUAAUUAUUAGUUGUGGUAUAGUAAAAAGAAACUAGACAAUAAAAUAAAAAGACCCUUGAAGAUAAUAAUUAUUUAUAGCCAAAUUUUUCUAACCUUUAAAAUUAUGCUUUCUUGUAACUCACAUCCUAAUCAUUUGAUUUGUAUAACUCUAUAACCGUUGGAAUUGUAGUUUUACGUAUUAAAGUUUUUAUUACAAAAUGGGAGUGAAAUAAAUUUUUAUUUUCUUCUCUUUCAAUAUGAAAAGUAUUGAUUCUACUUGAAUGGGUCUGAGACUGUAAACAAGUGCGUUAUAAACGACUGCAGGAUAUUCAGUGUUUUAAAUACUUAACUUUUUUACAGAAUAAAGAGAUAUAAAUAAAAUAUUGUGAAUAUCCAAACUUAUGUUAAGCACUUUUGUUGAUUGUCUCUUGAUUGUGUAAUUUAAUGCUUAAAAAUAUUGGUAUCGGAAUCUAGUUUAAAGAGCAGCUGUAUAAAUGAUAUUUUGAUACUGCUAAGUAUCGGGGUAUCGCUAAGUACUGAGUAUCAGAAUCGACCCACCCCUACUUGUAGUAAUUUGGUUGAAAUCUGUGACGUGUUUCAUAGUACUGCAAUUAAAAUCUCACACAUAAUAUUACAGGAAACUAUGAUUGUAUAUAAUUUUAAGAUAUUGAAAUAUUCAUUAAAAUUAUUGUUAUAUGUAUUGUAAUUCUGCCAAUAAUUUAUGUUUUGACUGACUUAAAAACAUAAUUAAAGUGAAGAAACCUCAAACAUAAUCAUUACUUAUGUUAAUGUUGUUAAAGUAUCUUCUUCUUACGUGUAAAGAUUAAAUUGUUCAAAUUUAUUAGUACAACCACAAUUUUGUAGGUUAUCUCAAGAUCAUAUUUACAGGUUAUUUAAAUAUACCUGACAAAAUUACGUUCCACAAUUUUAUGAUGGUAAAAUUUUCUUCAAAUUAUACAUUUGAAAUUUUUAAACUCUGCCUAUCAAAACUAUAAUACUCGACUAAUACUAAGAUUUAGUUGUUUUUACAUUCGUAUAAAUUUACAUGGAAUUUUAUUUAAUAAAAUAGACUUAUAAUAGUAACAUAAUGUUUUUUACUCAAAUAAAAACUCAUUACCUUUAUGUUCAGUGUUUUAAGAAAAUAAGUAACUGGUAAAGUUUAUUGUUAAUUAUAUUAUAUUAAUAAAAUGUUGAACAUCAGAUUUGUAAGAUACAAACUAAACAUAUUUAGGAAUUAAUCAUAAUUAAUUUGAAUCUAAGCUAUGUUAAAAUUCAGUUUAUAUAAGAUACUGAUUCACAAUAACAGAACUCACUUAUUUUCCUCAAAUCUUUAGGAGUUUUUUUACAUGAAAUGGUCACGCAGCUGAAUUUUAUAACGCUGUGUAUGAAUUUGUCAACAUGUCGGCUUUUAGGUAUAUUUAAUUGAAAUUUUUCUAUGAUCAGCUCCGAGGAUCCAAAACUACCAUGAUCUAAAAAUCUAUUUUAUACAGGGUGUCCCAUGAGUCAAUUAUAACGGUGCAAGGUGUGACAAAUCAAAGGACUAGUCCAAAUAAAAAAACAGGACCUUAUUAUAAGUUGCUUGGUUUCCAAAAUAUCAAACAAUUUUUUUAUCACAAAAACUGCUACUUUAGAUUAAUAUUUCAUGUACUAUGAACUACUGCUACAAACCUAGGAGUUUUGUUAUAAUGUUGAUGGGAAACCUGGUUCAUAUGAAAAAGGUGAAAUCCAUUAUUACCUGUAUUUUUAUUAAAAAAGAGAAUUCUAGUAUUCUUUUGAGUUAAAAACAUGUGCGUUGUUAAGGGAUUUCAAAAUUGUAUAAAAUACUUGCCACUUAAGAAAUAAAAGUAAACGGUUUUCCUGAAACUGAUUUUAUAAUAAAUGUUCAUAAUGUGUUGUCCAUCAGCUUAGAUUUAGAUUUAGCAUUUUUUAUAGCUUUAACUAGUUUUUUUAUUUGCAGCAGAUUUCCUAUCAAGGUCAUGUUUUAUUGUAUAGACUAGGUAUUCAUUAAAAGACCUAUCGUCCGAUGAAAUAUUAUCGUUGACUUAUGUGACAUCAGGAAAUUUUGUUUAUCACAUCUCAAAAAUAGGUAAUAUAAAUAACUUAAAACUUGGUAUUUAAGUUAAGCCAAUCAAAAGGAGGUAAACAAAAAUUAAUUAAUAAAUAUCACUCUCCGUUUUAAAAUUGUGUUAUUUAAAACUGUCCAAAAUUAAAUAAUAAUCUAUUUGCUCGGAAAGGCUGGUUUUUCCAUAUCUUGACGUAGCUUAAAUCCAAGUUGAUUAUGCUUAAUACCACAAUAUGUUUAGUUUGUGAGACUAAUGCCCUAAAUUUUUUGUUAGGUUUUACGUUCUAGGCAUUAUGUUAGUAAAUAUUAUGUUUUGUUUAUGUUAUGAGGGACGGUGCACUCAAUAUAACCAGUUAUAGAUUGAUUAUUUUGUUACAUCCAUAAGAACUAGGAACAUGCAGUUGCUAACUUAAGAACUUACUGUAAGAAGACGGUCAAGAACAUAAAAUAAUUGUGAUUCCAGUCUGAUUGUAAAUAGUGCAUUGUUAAAGAUGGAUAUAUCAACCUCUUUGUAUAAAAUAUGCAAGGAAAAGUGAGUUUUCAAUGAACCGUCAUUAGAAUAUUUUUUUUCAAUGCGUACAUGUAAAUAGCAUAUACCAUGCAGCAAUGGUAAUUCAAAUGUUUCUAAAAUAUGAGUAGACUCAAAUUGGUUCGAAACCUACAUAAAAAUCUAACAAUAUUUUAAAAUAAAAUUAUUUUUAUCUCAGUUGUAACUGUUGAUAAAUUUAACUGUGCUUGCCUCAAAAGUAUAAAAAGACCUUUUAAUGUUAAAAGCUAAUUAAUGAAGGGGGAGGGUAUUAUCAGGAUUUGUUCAAGCUUUGUUAUAUCAGUUUCAGGUUCACAAAUGGUUGUAUUCUCUUAUUCGUGCAGUAGUAUUCUAAUAAUAUGUCGAGAACUGAAAUGUUGGAAACUUAUGUUGUCUUUAAACAUUAAAUACAAAUAUCCAAAUUAGCCCUGUUGCGUCGAAUGCAAAAUAUUUAUAAGUGUUUUUAUGUUUAGUCAAAAUACUUUUAUUUCCAUUUAUUUGUAGUUUUAGUCAGUCCAACCAUGGUAUGUUAUCAGGCAUAACUGUUAUGAUAAGAAAUUAGUACAGGAAUAUCAAUUGUAUAAUUUUAAUGUGAUGUUACUUUUUUAAUUUCAAUCAUAGAUUGCGUUUCUACUAAGCUAUAGUUUUCUGUGGCUAGUUGGUAUGACUCUUGCACGUGAAAGUGUUGAGCUAAACUUUGACACAGAAUUUAUUGCAGUCCGUGUUUGUAACCACCCUCCUGUCUUGAAACAAUGCAAGAACAUGUUUUCAAACUUAAGACUCGUAUAUUCGUAUGGGUUUUUUAUUUUAUAUUGCAUCAAUCGAUUUGUGCAAGUAAUUUUAUUUCUCUUCAUAACCAAUAAUCUGAGAGAUAGCCAUCGAUGUAUGUACAAAAUGUUUAAUUUACAUAAUAUACGUUUUGUGGUAGCUUUUUCAGAAUUCUGUCAAGAAAUGGCUCAGUAGUUUUACAUUAAACAUAAUUGUUAUAAAUCUUAUUGUUUCUUAUUAUUCUGUGGGCAUUUUUAUAUUACUCCACAAAUUGUUAUUUUUUUAUAUUGUUUAGUAAGUUAUUGAAAUGAACAUAAUAAUUUACUCAAAUUUACACCCAAUGGAUAAAGUUAAAUUGAUGCUAUUGUGUUUCAAUCAAAUUCAUGAGCCCAGUAACAAAAGGGAACAACAUAAAUAUCAUGUUUGCCUCAAGUAUAAAACAUUAAACAAAACCAUGGCAUAAUGCAUUUUUAUUUUUAAACACAAAAUUGGGACAUUGUAUUCAAUUGUUUAUGCUUAGUAUUGAAUUUAAAAAUAAGAAUCUGAUUUUAUGUAAAAGAUAUGAUGAAUUUGAUUAUGUCUUAAUGAACAGUACUUUCAAUACAAAUACUGUACUUUUACAUCUUACAUUACUCAAAUUAACUAUUAACCAAAUUUGAAGUGUUUAUAGUUCAAACAUAACAAAAUUAGAAAAUUUUUGCUAUAACGCAUAUUGUUUCCCUUGUUAAUGGAGUUUGUUAAAUGAUUGAAAUUUUGUCUCUAUUAGUAUUUCAUUACAACAAUGUCAACAUCAGUUUAUAUUUCAUAUAUGUAUAUAAGGUCUUUACGAUGUUUCAUUUGUACUUUAUUUAUUAUAAAAUCAAUCAUCAAGUUCAUCUCAGAAAAUCGUAGUUCCAUUGAAUUUCUUAUUUCAGUUCAAAACCAAAUACUGUGUUUUCAAUCGUUCCUGACAGGUUUUCUUUUAUAUUGAUUUGUAUAUUGUGUAUAAUGUUGUCAAGUGAGAAAAUAAAAUAUUCAUUUAACCAUGUAAUGUCUAUUCUCACCUUUUUUAUUGUAACAUAUCUAAUAUUUUGUAUUUUGAAGAUGGUAUGUAAAUGUAAAGUGUAAUUUACUCUAUAUCUAAAAUAUAAAUAUAGAUUUCAAUUGACACUAUAUUUAAAUUCAUAGUUUUGAAUAGUUGUUUAUUCAGUUAUUUAUACCUGCCAAUUAAAAGGACUAAGCGACAGUUGAA